GGCUUUCUCUUAGACACACAUUUUAAAUGAAGCUCGCGCCGCUCAGCUGCUCUGUGUUAAAGCUGUGGUUCGGUUAGUGUACGGGAGAGUUACGCCUUUUAAGCAAAACAAAACGUUGAUUUUAGGAGCAGGUUUCAUGAGAAAUCGGAGAAAUCCCAGGACUUCUUAGACUCUCAAACCAAACGCAGUGCAUCAUGGGAGACGACAGUGAGUGGAUGAAGCUUCCCAUUGACCAGAAAUGUGAACAUAAGGUCUGGAAAGCGAGGUUAAGCGGCUACACCGAGGCUCUGCAACUGUUUCAGAGGAUUACAGACGAGAAGAGUCCAGAGUGGGGCAAAUAUCAAGGACUGAUCAAGAAAUUUGUCACUGACUCGAACACAGUGGCACAACUUAAAGGACUAGAGGCAGCUUUCGCUUAUGUUGAAAAUGCACAUGUGGCAUCUAGGACGGUCGGUGAGGUUGUGUCCGGCAUGGUGUGUAAAGUCUUUAACCAGCCCAAAGCACGAGCUAAAGAGCUCGGCUCGGACAUCUGUCUGAUGUACAUUGAGAUCGAGAAAGGAGACGCGGUUCAGGAAGAACUUCUCAAAGGUCUUGAUAACAAGAACCCCAAAAUCGCUCUGGCCUGCGUGGAAGUGUUGAGGCGGGCGGUGAGUGAAUUUGGAGCCAAGAUCAUCAACCUGAAGCCAGUUGUGAAGGUGCUGCCCAAGCUCUUUGAGUCCAGAGAGAAAGCGAUUCGGGACGAGGCCAAACUGCUCGCUGUUGAGGUUUACAGGUGGAUCCGAGACGCCCUGCGUCCUCCGCUUCAGAACGUUAACUCUGUUCUGCUAAAAGAGCUAGAGGAUGAGUGGGCAAAGGCAUCAGCUCCUCGACAGAGUCGGUUCCUGCGAUCACAGCAGGACCUUCGAACCAAGUUUGAGCAACAGCAGCAGAACGGAGGAGACGGAGAUGAGGAAGCAGAUGGUGAUGUGGAGGAAGCGGCUCCUGCUGUCGACGCCUACGAGCUCCUGGAGGCAGUGGAAAUCCUCUCUAAAUUACCAAAAGACUUCUAUGAGAAGAUUGAGGCAAAGAAAUGGCAGGAGAGGAAAGAGGCACUAGAAGCUCUGGAAGCUUUAACCAAGAACCCUAAACUGGAGAGUGGGGAGUAUGGAGAUGUUGUCAAAGCACUCAACAAGGUCAUCGGAAAGGACACCAACGUCAUGUUGGUGACGCUCGCCGCUAAAUGCGUUGCCGGGCUCUCUGCUGGCCUCCGGAAGAAAUUUGGCCCUUAUGCCGGUCAUUUGGUGCCAACUAUUUUGGAGAAGUUCAAGGAGAAGAAGCCUCAGGUGGUUCAGGCGCUGCAGGAAGCAUUAGAUGCAGUGUAUCUUUCUACGACGCUUGAAAGAGUGAGUGAGGACGUGUUGGCUGUGAUGGACAACAAAAACCCAUCCAUCAGGCAGCAAGCUUCACUGUUCCUCGCCAGAAGUUUCCGCCACUGCACUCCGGCCACGCUGCCCAAAAACCUCCUCAAACCGUUCUGUGUUGCAUUACUGAAGCAAGUGAAUGAUUCUGCUCCAGAGGUUCGAGACGCAGCUUUCGAAGCUUUGGGCACGGUGCUCAGGGUGCUGGGUGAGAGGGCCGUUAACCCUUUUCUGGCUGAUGUGGACAAAAUCAAAGUUGACAAGAUUAAGGAGUGUGCAGAGAAACUGGAGCUGCCUGGAGGGAAGAAAGCUGGAGGGCAGAUGAAGGAGCAAAGUGCUCCGAAAGCCCAGCCUGCAGCAGCUCCAGCUAAACCGUCUGCCCCUGCCAAGAAAGCACCUGCAGCCAGUGCUGCUAAGCCAUCUGCUCCCAACAAGAAGGGUAAACCGGCUGCACCCAAAGGAACAGCUGCUUCCGCUAAAGCUAAGAAACCUGAGAGCAAGGAUAUGACUGAAGCUGAACUCUCGCCCGAGGUAUCUGAGGAGAAAGCCUCUGCAGUUCUUCCAGCAUCCUGUAUGCAGAUGCUGGACAGUGCAAACUGGAAGGAGAGGGUGGCUGCCAUGGAGGAGUUUCUUAAGGCCAUAGAGCUCAUGGAUGCUAAAGAGAUGCCCUGUCAGGCUCUCAUCCGGAUGCUGGCCAAGAAGCCUGGCUGGAAAGAGACAAACUUCCAGGUGAUGCAGCUGAAGCUCCAGGUUGUUUCUGGCGUGGCUCAGAGAGGCUCGUUUUUCUCCAGAACAUCAGCGCUGGCUGUGCUGGAAGCUGUGGUGGAUAAAGCUGGAGACGUGAAGUGUGGCGUGAGAGCUAGAGAGACACUCAGUGCUAUCGCUGAAGCCUGCACUCUUCCGUGGACUGCAGAACAGGUUGUAUCCAUAGCCUUUGGUCAGAAGAAUCCUAAAAACCAAGCUGAAGCUCUGAACUGGCUUUCUGGUGCUAUAAAGGAGUUUGGCUUUGCAGGAAUAAAUGUAAAGGCGUUUAUUAAUAAUGUGAAGACUGCCUUGGCUGCUACCAAUCCAGCUGUGAGAACUGCUGCCAUCUCUCUCCUGGCCGUGAUGUACCUGUACAUGGGUGCUCCUCUGCGCAUGUUUUUCGAGGAUGAGAAAGCUGUACUGCUUUCACAGAUAGAUGCAGAGUUCGAAAAGAUGAAAGGUCAGACUCCUCCUCCUCCUACAAGAGGUUUAUCAAAAGCGAACGGGGUUGAAGGAGAGGAUGAAGGUGAUAAAGAGGAAGAAAAUGAGGGAGGUGCAGAUGUUGUGGAUCUUCUGCCUCGAACAGAUAUCAGCGACAAAAUCACCUCUGAAAUGGUGUCAAAAAUCGGCGACAAGAACUGGAAGAUGAGGAAAGAAGGACUGGAGGAAGUCACUGCUGUAAUCUCGGAGGCUAAAUUCAUCAAACCCAACAUCGGGGAACUUCCUGUGGCACUAAAGGCUCGCCUUACAGACUCCAAUGCCAUACUGGUCCAGCAGACUCUCUCCAUCCUACAACAGAUUGCCACAGCAAUGGGUCCUGCACUAAAACAGCAUGUUAAAAGCCUCGGCUUCCCGAUCAUCACUGUGUUCACUAACAGCAAGAAUGCUGUGCGGACGGCAGGUUUGGCUACUCUGAAUGCAUGGGUGGAGCAAAUGGGCAUGAAGGAGUGGCUGGAGGGGGAGGAUUUGGCUGAGGAGCUGAAGAAAGAAAAUCCUUUCCUUAGACAAGAGCUAUUAGGCUGGCUGGCUGAAAAGUUACCCACCUUGCGCUCUGUUCCCUCGGAUUUUGCAAUGUGCGUUCCUCAUCUCUACUCCUGCUUGGAAGAUCGAAAUGCAGAUGUGCGGAAAAAAGCUCAAGAUGCACUUCCUGUGUUUAUGAUGCACCUGGGUUACGACAAGAUGAACAAAGCUGCUGCCAAGCUGAAGCCAGCAUCUAAAGAUCAGCUGGUGGUCUUGUUGGAAAAAGCUCGAGGUGCCAUGCCUGCCAAACCUGCAGCGCCGAGUAAAGCGGCACCUGCUGCUACCAGCAAUGUGAAGCCUGCUGCAGCAGCUCCAGCUCCAGACAAAACCGUUCCAGUGAGUGAACCUUCACCAGCAGAACCCAAAAAGACCAAACCGGCAGCUGCACCCAAAGCUAAGACUGUUGUGAAGAAACCAGCUGGCAAAGUCGAGGAGGAGCGGAAUGGUCCAAUCUUCAUCCUCGUUCCCAAUGGAAAAGAGCAACGGAUCAAGGAGGAGAAAAGUCUAAAGGUGUUAAAGUGGAACUUUUUAACGCCACGUGAGGAGUAUGUUGAUCAGCUGAAGAAUCAGAUGGCUACAUGCGUGGCUAAAUGGCAGAUGGAAGACCUCUUUCACACAGAUUUCCAAAAACACAUUAAGGCAAUCAGCACCAUGAUGGAGCACCUGGAGGCUGAGACCGAGGCCACAGUCAGCUGUUUGGAUCUGAUCUUGAAAUGGUUCACCCUGCGCUUCUUCGAUACGAACACCAGUGUGCUGAUCAAGGCUCUGGAGUAUCUCAAGCUCCUCUUUGCCACUCUCCGUAACCAGGACUACCAUCUCACUGAGCAUGAAGCCACGUUGUUCAUCCCUUACUUCAUCCUUAAGAUGGGUGAGCAGAAGGAUGUGGUGCGUAAAGACGUGCGCAACAUCUUUAGCCUUCUGCGCCAAGUUUACGCAGCUAGCAGGAUCUUUCCGUUCCUCAUGGACGGCACCAAGUCCAAAAACUCCAAACAGAGAGCCGAGUGUCUGGAGGAGCUCUGCUGUCUUGUUGGACUGUUUGGAAUGUCCGUCUUCCAGCAGACCGCAGCAAAAUCCCUGCGUGAAAUUGCUGUCCACAUCGGCGAUCGAGACACAUCCGUCCGUAACGCUGCUCUGAACACAGUUGUGGCGGCUUAUAACGUCUGUGGAGAGCAAGUGUACAAGCUCAUUGGCCAGUUGUCAGAAAAGGACAUGAGCAUGCUGGAAGAGCGAAUCAAGCGAUCUGCUAAGAAACCCUCGGCCCCGGCUGCUCCUGUUAACAAACAGCCAGAGGAGAAAACGUCUGUUCCAGCUAACGCUAGCCUGCUACGCAAACUGAACCCCGAGGCAGCAGCACCAUCUAAGCUGAGCGAGAUCCGGCGUCAGAAUGCUGCGGCGGUCCAGCAGCCGAGCUCUGCCGAGUCGUGCCAGUUUCAACUCGACCCCAAUUUCAUCGUGGAACUACCUGAAAAUAUCUUACCCGAACUUCUGGUGUUGGAUACGACGGAAUCGUCACCUCUGGAAGUGCCGGAGUUCAAGUACAAGUCUGUCUCCAGCAGUAUUGAACCUGCAGCCAACAUUAGGCUGGUCAUUUCACAGGUCGCCAGUGCAGACAUGAAGACCAGCAUGCAGGGCCUGGCUAAGAUUGUGGAGAUUUUGCACAAGGAGAGUGAAUGGAAGCUGAUGUCGGGUCAUGUGGACGAGUUCAUUGUCGUGGUGCUGAUACAGCUCGGCUUGCAGUCCAGCAGGUGCAUAGGGAGCGAAGGAACACAGCACAUGGAGAAAGUCUGUGCUUCCGUUAUCAACUGUCUGAGCUCGCUGGUUUUGGCCGGCAGACUGGUUCAGGAAGCUUCGCGGGGAUUGCUGAAGAAUCUGAUUCAGGCUCUGCUCUCACUUGUGGUGGAUCCUCGACAUCAGCAGGACUCUGGAGAAUCACGAGAGCUCAUCCGGUCUCUUCAUAUCCUGCUCUCGAAUUUGUUCAAGUCUGCUGAUCCCACCAACACGCUCAGUGCUUUGCUGAUGUUGUUACAAGAGUCCACUAUCACCACUGUAGGCAUGGAGUUUUAUGAAAUGGUCAUGAAGUGUCACUGGCGUAUGAUCAAGCUGCUCCCAGAGAAGAUCGAGUUGCUUUACCUGGACCAAAUUCUUCUGGACAUCCACAACUUCAUGAAGGCUUUUCCUAAAGAGCUGCUCAAACAGAAACCCCAUGAUAUGGCUCAUCGCACCGUCCGAACGCUGCUACACACACUGUACAAACUCGUCGGCCCCAAGAUUAUGAAUCAUCUGAGUCUGAUUGAGAACGUCAGCGAGUCCGAAGUCGACGCUCAUCUGAAGAGAGCGAUGAAGCACCCGGUGUCCUCGCUGAAUGAAAUGCCCCAGAACAAAGAAAAUGUUGGUAAAAUGCAGGUCCAGACUUCUGCAGGAGCCCAAGCGGUCAUGAAACUGGCCGCAGCAUCGAGCUCCAGCGCUGAACCUUUGAAGCAGACCUCUGGCCUUCACAGCAGCACAAAGGACAACGCAGACCAGUCCAGCCUCCCCACAGUGAGCACCAAGUCGGGCGCUCCCUCCUCCAUGGACAUGCUGCUGUCUCAGCUGUCUAAACUGCGCGAGUCUCGGGAACAGCAGGGCAGUGAAACCGUCAAGCUGCGCAGUCCUCCUCGAGACCUCGACGAACUACGAGCGAGACUGGAGAAGAUUAAAGCCAGCAUGCGUUGAUACAUGUUUGUCUUGCGCAUAGCUCUGUAUUUUACUUGUGUGUCUUACCUGUACAGAUUUAUAAUUGUUUGUCUUUUGGCCUCGUCUGUGUGUUUACUGAUACUUUUACUUCAGGAUUAAUAAAUAGAAUAUCUUUUUC